UGCAUGAACUGGUUUCACAGGUGGUGAAAUCGCCAAAAUAUCGGGAUAUCGUGUUCCGUUGGUGUUGCGAUUUCAGAAGUAUUGUAGUGUCCAGUGAUGAAGAGCUCAGAGCAGUACCUGACAAUGUGGAGCAAAAAGCCUCCCUCUCACUCCAUCACUGCCAUCAUGUUGGCAGAUGACCAAGCCACCAUUGUAACAGGAAGCCGAGAGGGGCAGAUUUGUCUGUGGGACCUCUCCAGUGAUUUAAAGAUUUCACCAAAAGCACUUCUUUUUGGUCACACAGCCUCCAUCACAUGUGUGGCAAAGGCUAGUGAAUUCGACAAGAAGCCUUAUGUAGUCAGUGCUUCAAACAAUGGGGAGAUGAGCCUGUGGAAUGUCUACAGUGGGGAGUGUGUUGAAAGCACUCUGCUGCCCUAUGUGCACAUUGCUAUCUGUUAUUACUACUGCUCUUCACGUGUGGCGGGGGAUGGGUGGCUCUUGUGCUGUGGAGAGUACCAAGAUGUGCUGCUAAUUGAUGCCCAGACACUGCAAGUUCUUCACAAAUUUUUUUCACGUGAUUCCUCUGACUGGAUCAGCUCACUAUGUGUCGCCCACUCACUGAAGACUCAAGAAGAUUCACUGCUAGCAAUAUCGGUGACUGGGGUUUUAAAGGUUUGGAGCUUAUCUUCAUCUGGAAACAGUGUACAGGAGAAGAGCGCAAUCUAUGAAUCUGAGUCCAGGAGUCUUCAGUGUUUCCAGUGUCAGGGGGUCUCCUUCUGCAAAUACACAGAAAGCCGACUGCUGGUAGUUUGUUCAGACCGUUGGCAGGUGUAUGAUUACAGUGAUUUCUCCUUGCUGUGUGUGGUAUUGAGCAAUGCUGGGCAGUGCUUUGCUGGUGGAGAGCUGCUGCCAGCGAACAGACUCAUCGUCUGGUCCAAGGACAGAGACAGUUACAUCUACCAGCUGUCUGACAGAAAUCUGACCAGCAAGGAGAUCUCUGCCCAUAUCCUGUGCUACACAUCAGAGAGAAAGGUUUCUGCACAAGUAAUGGGAUUUUUAAGCGAAAGAAAGGAACCUUUCUACCAAAUUCUUUUCUGUGGUGACGAGCAGGGAAAAGUAACACUGUGGCAUCUCCCUGAUGUCCCCAGGUUAAAUUCUAAUGGCCUUCCAGAAGAAAUCGUUGAAAGUGCAGAGUGUCGUUUUGAGGGCUGCCUGGAGAAGAAUGUGCCGGGAGAGAUCACAGGGCCACUUGGAGGGCACUCUGAGGGCCUGGAGAUGAUAACUGUGACCGCUAGCGUUAGCAUCCCCAGCUACCACCAGCUGGUGUGUGGCUGUGAUAAUGGCAAGAUCAUUGUGAAGCUGGCUUUACAGGCAGCCCAGGCACAACUGCUGGGGGGAAGCUCUCAAUUAAAAGAUGAUCAGCCUCUUAAGACUCUUCAAGGCCACAGUGGCGCAGUCACUUCUCUCCUCUACCCGUACUGUAAGUCUGAGAGGUUCGGUUCCAGUUGGCUGCUCUCGGGAGGUCAAGACUCCCGUGUCAUCUGGUGGGAUCUGUUAACAGGAGAGAUUCUGCAUACAUUUACACUGCAGGCCGGACCAGUGAAGAAACUUCUUGUACUUUCAGAGGAAUGCAGUCCUAAAGUCCAUUUGCGUGUCUGUUGCUUUGCAACUGAUAACUCGAUCGCCAUCUUGAACCUUGACGGUCCCGCCUGUAUCCUGCAUGUCAGGAAACAUCUCUUUUCCGUGAAUGCAAUUCUGUGGCGCCCUGUUGAAGACUUUCUUAUUGUUAGCUGUGUGGAUGGAUCGGUAUACGUCUGGGAAAUUGAGAGUGGUACUCUUGAUCGACACGAAACGGGAGAAGUAGCCAAGACCAUCCUCAGCUCCUGUGAUGAAUCCCAGGCAUUGCUAAUUGAUACAGGGGUUCCUGUACCUACAGCAGCCAGGCCUAGCCGUCUGCAUAAAGCACAUCCUGAGGAUCAUAACCCUGCAGCUCUAUCUCAACCAGAAACACCAGCUGCAAACUGCAAACAUGCUGAUACUGAUCUUGAUAAGAUCUCCUGCCAUGUUACUGCCUUCAAUCCUUUUUCACUAGUUCCACUUGAGGCAGGACCGCUGAACAGUGGUACCCACAUUCUAACAUUUUAUGUUGAGGAAAUUCUGGAAAAACUGGAUCAAGCUUCUCAGGACGGAACCAUUGCCCUAAACACAUUCCAUAGCUUCCGAAAACCGAAAAGAGAGCCUGCCUUUGAUAAACCUGCCACUUCACUGAAGAGGAGCAAGACUAUUUUCUCUCUUCAGCAUGUCAAUGGGCACCUGCAAACUUUUGUAAGAGAUCACUUGUUCCAGAGUGAAAGGAGCUUGGAUCACUUUCCCACAGGAGAGGUUCGAUUGGCAAGGCAGGCAUCCCAACCAGUCAGCACGAGAGGGAGAAGGCAGCAGCCCAAGAGAUUAGUAAAUAUCAAUUUGGCUCGAGAUUCAGCCGGUCUGCUAUUGUCCGGCCUCUUUCCAUGGGGUACCGACAAAGAACUUGAUGACUGCUGUGCAAGAGAACUGGGAAUCAUACCACUGCUGACCUCCAAGCCAUUCUGUCUAAAGUCAAAGAACGGCCACAUGUCCCUGAUCUUACCAGGAUGGCACCCAGGAAGACUCGGCCAUAUUGUAGAGGGCCAGCCUUCAAAUUUAAUUGCAUACAGAGUGGUGGAACUAGGGAAGCAGUAUGCAAGCAGCAUCACUGCAGAGAUUCCACUUCUAGAAGCCUUUGAAGAUGCAAAGAAGGAUGCAUUCAGACUGAAAGUUGUUUCCUAUUUACUGUCUGUUGUGUUGGUAGUGGACAGUCUUAUGAGGCUUACAAGCCCUCAUGGGCAAGACAGUCAGAGAAAUGGACCUGAUUUACUAAUGGCGAAUUACCUGAAACCAGCCAGAGAAGCUGCCCAGUACCUUGUUAGAGAGGCAUCGUCCUUGGAAAAGCUGGUUACUAGUUGGCAAAACCAAUCAGUGGAGGUUCUAGAAGCAGUACAAGCUGUUCUGUUGGCGGAGGUUCAAAGGAUUAUAAAAACCUUGAGAAAGACAUCAAUCAGUAGUCAAACACCGACUGUGGCAGACAGUGGAAGUUGUGAGAUGCAAUUGCCCAAGAUUGAGGGCAUGGAGCUGCUGGAGUUGCAACACACUCAAAAAAUUGCCCCACAGACUCCAGUCGGCCUGGUCAAGCAUGACAGUGGCUCAGGCUUGGCGAAGGGCCAAGCACAGGAGGAAGUGUCUGACGGAUGUAUCUUUGAGGACUCUGACAGUACAGGAGGCCUCAGUAGAGAACAGUUUCCUUGCUGUAAAAUGUGUUGAAGAAAAAAAAAACUACUCCAUCCAACCCUUCCAUCCACAUUGUUUUUUUAUGGAGGCAGUUUGUACAACUAUGGGUGUAGGUCCUUGACUUUAAGGGAUGCAUAUGUUGCUUUUGAGUGCCAAUUCUGUAGAUCUAGAAUUACACAGCACAUGCCCCUAAGUGGUUUUUACUGCACCUACAGUAUGCAAAUAUAUAUAUAUAGCACAGAUAUAGUGGCUGUACACCAGUACCCAAAGUCUGUGUUUCUUUUUUGGCCACUGUAUUGAGUUAGCUACACUUCUUCAGUUUUACCCAUUUCCUAGCAUUUUUGCCACUAACAAUGUAAAAUCUAAAUAUAUUUCUAAUUAUAAGAGUUUUCUACAUCAUUUAUAAUUCCAAAUUUAAUGUGAUCAGUUGUUGGGCAUUUCCUGUUCCUUAGGGUAAUAUUUUCAAAAUAAAGUUCUCAUGUUUAGGGCUGGGUUUAUUUUAAAAAAAUACAUCAACGGACUCUUUAUUUCAGGUUUAAAUGUUAAUCAUGAAUUUUAGCUUUUGUCAAGGAUGUUACUAACUAAAAAUUAGAUGGUGGGUUUUGUUCUAAGAAAAGGAAUCUCGAAGCAAUGAUUUUAAACAGUGAUGUGAUUGGAUCUUCUGUUGUUAAUGAAUACACUGAACACUUGCAGAUGAUAAAUUGAGUGUUAUAUACAGUAUAUAAAAUAUAUACAGUAAUCCACAAACAGUUUUAUUGAAAUAAAACCAGACCUAUAAAUGUACCAAUAGAAAUGUUUGACACAACUGUAUUUAGAUAUGGAAAAAUGUAAGAUACUGUGCAUCUUUUGAUUAAAAUUGAUGGGAAUUGUAAAAAUACAUUUUGUGGUUAAAUUUAUUUCUUAUCUUAUAAAUGAGUGUUCAUGGUAUUUUUCUAUGACUUGAUAUACAAUCCUCUGGCCAUGUAGAUGGCAGCAGUACUUAAGUCUUGCAGAUUCCUCUCCCUGUCUGAUAUGAGCUGUCUGGCAGGGUAGGAGGAGCUGUUUUAUUGUGCUCACAGCAGACUUUGUCAAAUUACAUUGAAUUGCACAUUUGUAUUAAUCAUAGUCAUAUUAUAUAAUGAGUGCAUAUUGAGAUUUAUAUUUACAUUUUUCUUUUCUGUAUUUGUCCUUUUUUUUUAUUUGCCAAUAAUAAAUAUGG